AUGAAACCUUCAUUUUUUUGUCAUCAUCACAUAAUCGUAUUGAAAGCAUUGAAUGGGAAUAACAAUCAAGUGUCUUCUUUAGAUGAAAUCAAAAGAGUAUUAAAGACUUUAUGGAUCCUUGAGCAGAAGCUGUGCAAACUGCUCAGGAAUCUUACGGUUUGUUUACAAAAGGUCAUGGAUUAG